AUGUCGGCAAAUCAGUCGCGCUCUUCCACUCGCCCGUCCAGCGAGGUGGAGCGAAACACCUACAAGAAUGGCUCCUCAACUCCCAGGGCUCACCGCCACUCCCGGCAGCGCUCCAACACCGCCAGCUCCAUUCGCUCCAACGGCACCGUGCGAGCGCCUCGCGUGUCGAUGGACAACGACACCUCUCCGCUCGCCAAGAUGGGCAUCAAGGGUGAUGCGCUCAUGCUUUUCGUCACAUGCUUUGCCUCCCUCGGCGUGUUUCUCUUCGGAUAUGACCAAGGCGUCAUGAGCGGUAUCAUCACCAGCCCCUACUUCAAGGCCUACUUCAAGCAUCCUACUGCUUACGAGAUCGGCACGCUGGUCGCCUCGCUCGAAUUGGGAGCACUCGUCACAAGUCUGGCUUGCGGUAGACUCGCCGAUAUCUUUGGCCGCAAGAACACCCUCUUCUGGGGCGCCGUCAUCUUCUCCGCCGGCGGUGCCAUCCAGACCUUUACUUCCGGCUACGACACCAUGCUCAUCGGUCGUGUCAUCUCGGGCCUCGGCGUCGGUGUGCUCAGCAUGAUCGUCCCCACUUACCAGUCCGAGAUCUCUCCAGCCGAGAAUCGUGGCAAGCUCGCCUGCAUAGAAUUCACUGGCAACAUCGUCGGCUACGCCAGCAGCGUCUGGGUCGACUACGGUGCUUCCUUCAUCGAGAGCGACCUCUCUUGGCGCCUACCGCUCAGUCUGCAGGUCAUCAUUGGUGCAACCUUGGCCUUCGGCUCCGUCUUGCUUCCCGAAUCACCCCGAUGGCUCCUCGACAAGGACAUGGACGAUCAAGGCAUGCGAGUCCUCGCCGAUCUGCACGGUGCUGGCGAUCCCAACGAGCCGCGUGCAAAGCUCGAAUUUCGCGAGAUCAAAGAGAACGUCCUUCACCUCCGCAAGCAGGGUGACAACUCGUACAAGCGCAUGCUCACUCAGUAUCGCUACCGCACGCUCAUCGCCAUGUCCGCGCAGAUGUUUGCACAGCUCAUCGGCAUCAACACCGUUUGCUAUUAUCUGCCCAUGAUCCUCGAAUCUGCCGGCUGGAUUGGACGCGACGCUCUUCUCAUGACCGGCGUAAACGGCAUCCUGUAUACCCUCGCUACCGUCCCUACCUGGUUCCUCAUCGACCUCUGGGGUAGACGCAUCAUCUUGCUUUCGGGUGCCAUCGGAUGCGGCGCUGCCCUUACAGCCUGCGGCUACUUCCUCUACCUCGACGCCGACUACACCCCAAACGCCGUGGUCGGCUCCAUCUUUGUCUUCAAUGCUUGGUUCGGUUAUUCUUGGGGUCCUGUGCCCUGGCUGUAUCCUCCCGAGAUCCUGCCGUUGGCGUUCCGUGCCAAGGGCGCUUCGCUGGCGACGGCCACCAACUGGUCCUUCAAUUGGUUGGUGGGAGAGCUCACGCCGAUCUUGAUGGAGAAGAUCGGCUGGAAGCUGUACAUCAUCCUUGCAUUCUUCGCGCUUUUGGCGUUUGUGACGGUUUACUUUGGAUAUCCAGAGACGUCCGGUGUCCCGUUGGAGGAGAUUGGUGCGCUGUUUGGGGACGAGAUUAACGUCCCUCAGGAUGAGGAUGAGGAUGACAACGAUGAUGACGAUGAAGCAGGGGACGGACGGGAAAGGGUUCGACAAAGUGCGAGCAUAGAUGGGUCGCAAGAUACACCCUUCACGCCACGACCUCUACGUCGGUCGAUCUCGAGCCAUCCCCGUAUGCAGUCGGAAGAGGAACGUGCGGCGAGGGCAGCCGCCGCACGCGUAGCCGCCGAAGAACGACGAGCGGCACAGUCCUUCUUCGGGCUAGGCGCCAGCGGUCCAUUCCGCUGGAUCGGUCGUAUGCUCGGAGGCAGCAAAACAGAAGGACCGCCCGAUCGAAGUCUGUACCAAGAAGUCAGGAGAGACGAGCACUAG